AUAAAAUAGGCGGCAGUGCUCCAGCCGCCGACUGUGUUCGCUCAGUGGAAACAAGGAAGAGAAGUGGGUGCUUUGUGGGUUGAACACGCAGUGAAAAGUCCGCAGACAGCGCUGGAAACAUGGCCAAGCCGCUGACAGACCAGGACAAGAGGAAGCAGAUCUCCGUGAGGGGGCUGGCCGGGGUGGAAAACGUUGCGGACCUGAAAACUAAUUUCAACCGGCACCUCCACUUCACCCUUGUGAAGGACCGAAAUGUGGCCACGAAGCGCGACUACUACUUCGCUCUAGCCAACACAGUCCGGGACCAUCUGGUGGGCCGCUGGAUCCGGACGCAGCAGCAUUACUACGAGAAAGACCCCAAACGUGUCUACUACCUCUCCCUGGAGUUUUACAUGGGCCGGACUCUGCAGAACACCAUGGUUAACCUGGCUUUGGAGAACGCCUGUGAUGAAGCCACAUACCAGUUGGGUCUGGACAUGGAGGAGCUGCAGGACAUUGAGGAAGAUGCUGGCCUCGGAAACGGGGGGUUGGGUCGACUGGCAGCUUGUUUCCUGGACUCUAUGGCCUCUCUGGGUCUGGCUGCUUAUGGUUACGGUAUCCGCUACGAGUUUGGUAUCUUCAAUCAGAAAAUCAGCAAUGGUUGGCAGGUGGAAGAAGCCGAUGACUGGCUGCGUUAUGGUAACCCUUGGGAGAAGGCUCGCCCUGAGUACAUGCGCCCAGUCCACUUCUAUGGCAGGGUGGAGCACACAGCAGAAGGAGUGAAAUGGGUCGACACGCAGGUGGUUCUGGCUCUUCCCUAUGACACUCCCGUCCCCGGCUACAGAAACAACAUCGUCAACACCAUGAGACUGUGGUCUGCCAAGGCCCCCUGUGAAUUUAACCUCAAAGACUUUAAUGUUGGUGGCUACAUCCAAGCUGUACUGGAUAGAAACCUGGCAGAGAACAUCUCCCGAGUUCUCUACCCCAAUGACAAUUUCUUUGAAGGGAAGGAGCUGCGUCUGAAGCAGGAGUACUUUGUUGUAGCAGCGACUCUUCAAGACAUCAUCCGUCGAUUCAAAGCCUCCAAGUUUGGCUCCACAGAGUUCGUGCGAUUGGACCUUUCUACGCUGCCAGAUAAGGUGGCCAUCCAGCUGAACGACACCCACCCUGCUCUGGCCAUCCCUGAGCUGAUGAGGAUCCUAGUGGACAUUGAGAAGCUCAGCUGGGAGAAGGCCUGGGACAUCGUGGUGCGUACCUGUGCCUACACCAACCACACAGUCCUGCCUGAGGCACUGGAGCGCUGGCCUGUUGACCUCUUCCACAACCUCCUGCCUCGACACCUGGAGAUCAUCUACGAGAUCAACAGGAGACAUCUGGAGCGCAUCACUAAACUGUACCCUGGAGACGUUGACCGUAUGCGCAGAAUGUCCCUGAUCGAAGAAGGGGACGUCAAGAAAAUCAACAUGGCUCACCUGUGCAUUGUGGGGUCUCAUGCUGUCAACGGAGUGGCCCGCAUCCACUCUGACAUCAUCAAAAGCACUGUGUUCAAGGAUUUCUACGAUGUCGACCCUCAGAAGUUUCAGAACAAAACCAACGGCAUCACACCCAGACGCUGGCUGGUCAUGUGCAACCCAGGCCUGGCUGAGGUCAUCGCUGAGAGGAUCGGAGAGGAUUACAUCCGUGACUUGGACCAGCUGAAGAAGCUUCUGGACUUUGUGAACGAUGACGCCUUCAUUCGGGAUGUCGCCAAAGUCAAACAAGAGAACAAGAUGAAGUUUGCUGCCUAUCUUGAAGAGCACUACAAGGUGAAGAUCAACCCCGGCUCCAUGUUUGACGUCCAGGUGAAGAGGAUCCACGAGUAUAAAAGACAGCUGCUCAACUGUUUGCACAUCAUCACGCUGUACAAUCGCAUCAGGAAGGAGCCCAACAAGCCAUGGAUUCCCAGGACUAUUAUGAUUGGAGGAAAGGCAGCUCCAGGUUACCACACUGCCAAGAUGAUCAUCAAGCUGAUCACAUCAAUCGGAGAUAUCGUCAAUAACGACCCUGUGGUGGGAGAUCGCCUGAAGGUCAUCUUCCUGGAGAACUACCGGGUCACUCUGGCUGAGAAGGUCAUCCCUGCAGCUGAUCUGUCGGAGCAGAUUUCCACAGCUGGCACUGAGGCCUCUGGCACUGGGAACAUGAAGUUCAUGCUGAAUGGCGCCCUCACCAUUGGUACCAUGGAUGGUGCCAAUGUGGAGAUGGCAGAGGAGGCUGGAGAGGAGAACCUCUUCAUUUUUGGCAUGAGGGUGAACGAUGUGGAGGAAAUGGACAAGAAGGGUUAUGAUGCUGUGUCGUACUACAAUCGCAUCCCCGAGCUGAAGAAGGCGGUGGACCAGGUAUCAGGAGGUUCCUUCAGCCCCGGACAGCCUGGCCUCUUCAAAGAUCUCGUCAAUAUGCUGAUGCACCAUGACAGGUUCAAAGUGUUUGCAGACUAUGAAGACUACAUCAAAUGUCAAGAGAAAGUCAGUGCUCUUUACAAGAACCCUAAGGAGUGGACCAAGAUGGUGAUCCAUAACAUUGCUGGCUGUGGUAAAUUCUCCAGUGACCGCACCAUUUCCCAGUAUGCCAGGGAGAUCUGGGGAAUGGAGCCAACUUUGGAAAAGAUUGCUGCUCCAGAUGAUCCUCGCUAAACCGAAACGCCUGCCUUCACCACCUCACUGUUUAGCUCAGAGAUGAUUAAUAUAGUUUUUUCACUGUGGCAUUAUUUCUUUACUGAACCCUUUGUAACCUCUGCUGCUUCCACUUUAUUUUGCACUAACACGUUAAAAUGGGCUAUUUAGUAACGGUUUUGGGUUGGGUUUUUUUUUUCCUCUCCGCACCAGCAGUACAUAUCCUCAAUGUUGGGUGAAAACCUCAUCUUCCUGGAGACUGUGGAAUCAAAUCAAAACUUGUCUAUUUAUAUAGCAUAUUUAAAUCAACCUCAGUUGACCAAAGUGCUGUACAAGUUCUCAGACAGGCAGCCACAAAAAAUGUGUGCAAAAAGCAAGGUGGGAUAAGAUGUGAACUGUUUGUAAAGCAAAAUAAAAUGCUAAAAUAAGGCAAAAGGGUAGUCGAGCGUAUGAUCAUUUUUGGAGAUAAAGUUGAAGAGGAUACAUUUUUGCUAUAAUUCAGUGAGAUACAGACUGUGUUUAAAGGAUGGAGGUAGUCACUAUGGUGUCACCCACUGCUUUGUGAACUGCCAUUUUGGAACCUACCCGUUGCCGUGUUGGUCUUUUGAAACCAAGAUUUCUGCCCUAGAAAGAACGAUGCGUAAUUUUCUAUUUUCCUCUAAAUGGGACCAAAAUUUGCCUAAUGAACAUCAUGAAGGGAAAUAUUUGCUAAGGUAACAAAUCAGGUGCGAAGUAGAGUCCUUUUCUUAUUGACUUCUACACAAUUGGAGAAGUUGUCCCCUGUUGGCUGAAAAAAUGGCGGUUUAAGGUACUUCCACAUUGGCUUCGCUUUUCAAACAUGAAGCUUGUCCAUCUUUUACAUGCAGUCUGUAGCGAGAGAGUUCCAUUAACCACAGAGGUGUGAAAUCUCCCCACCUUCAUGAGAAUUCUUCACUUAAAAUGGGAACAUAAAAGGUAUUCCCUUAUUUUGCUGUUGUGCACAGUGGCACCUUAAAUCCCAUUAAGGUGAAAUUUAGGCUUUUUUUUUUCGAGCGCUUCAGCAAAAUUGGGGAAUGUAUCUUUAACCAAGAUUUACACAACAUUCCCCUUCUACGUCAGUGUCUAUGGCUACCUAAAGCCAGUAUAAAUGCAGAAAAACCUCAGCACUGUUAUGGUUCCAAACCAGUCAUGUCUUCCGUGGAAGGGAGUAGGAACCCAGUGGUCAAGUGUGAACCACCGCCUUACAGAAGCACUGUGACUAGAUGAUGUUGAACGGAAGUCAUGUUCACAGCACAUUAACGUUCAUAGUGUGAGACUCCCCAACUGCUCCGUUAGUGUUUUCUGAAUGUAUCUAUUUGUGUGUGUAUUUGUAGUAUUGUUAAUGAUUGAGGAGCCCUGCAAUGCAGAUCUAUCUCCUCAGCAUGCUUGUGUGUCUCCUGCUGUAGUCUGUUCCUAAAAGUGACCUGUAAUAGAAAAUAACAAAGUCUUCUUUACCUAAAACCUAAGUGACUGAAUUUAUCUUUGGACGAUUUGUGUUCUCCAGUGUACUUCUGUGUGUAACAUUUGAGUCUGACAUUAUGGAUUUGUGCUCCAUUGAUGUACUGUUACAGCAUCCUGUCCUCCUCCAGCUGCUGCACACGACUGAAUGCUGUGGUGCUGCAGAAACUGUUGUCCAUAACACUGAACCCAGCACUGUCUCUGCCAGGCAGUGCUUCCCUUUUUUAGUCAAUAAAUGACAAACAUCAGCA